AUGAGCUGUGCGACUGUCCCGGACCCGGAGGAGGCGCCCGAGGAGCGGCGUUUCCUCAGCACAGCCGAGGCAGCUGCCCUGGAGCGGGAGCUGCUAGAGGAUUAUCGCUUUGGGCGGCAGCAACUAGUGGAGUUGUGCGGUCAUGCUAGUGCUGUGGCUGUGACCAAGGUGUUCCCUCUGUCAGCUCUCUCCCGGAAGCAGAGGACAGUGCUAGUUGUGUGUGGCCCGGAGCAGAAUGGGGCAGUGGGGCUGGUCUGUGCCCGGCACCUGCUGGUGUUUGAGUAUGAGCCAACCAUCUUCUACCCUACACGCUCACUUGACCUGCUGCACCGGGACCUGACCACCCAGUGUGAGAAGAUGGACAUCCCUUUUCUGUCCUACCUGCCCACCGAGGUGCAGCUCAUUAAUGAAGCCUAUGGGCUAGUGGUGGAUGCCGUGCUGGGCCCGGGUGUGGAGCCAGGCAAGGUUGGAGACCCCUGUACCCGUGCGCUGGCAACACUCAAGCUGCUGUCCAUACCCCUCGUGAGCCUGGACAUUCCCUCAGGCUGGGACGCCGAGACUGGCUGCGACGCUGAAGACGGGCUGCGGCCCGACGUGCUAGUGUCGCUCGCCGCGCCCAAGCGCUGCGCCGGCCGCUUCUCUGGGCGCCACCACUUCGUGGCUGGCAGGUUCGUACCCGACGACGUACGCCGCAAGUUCGCUCUGCGCCUGCCGGGAUACACCGGGACUGACUGCGUGGCGGCUCUGUGACCGCUACCCGCGCCUACGCUGCUUGGACCCCAACCAAUAAACAGCCUUUCCCAC